AUGGCCGAAGUACAUGUAAUUGGUCAGAUCGAAUCCGCGGAUGGGUUUGUUGACAAUCGUUUAAGCUGCAGAUGGAUUGUCUAUCUUGGUAAGCUACUCGCUUCCUUACAGGGUGCGCCGAAAAGACUUGGACAAAAAUAAAUUCCAUGUAGCUUUUGUAGGUUGGUCUAAGAAUUAAAGCUUUUAUCCCGUUUAGCAAGGGCAACAGACGUGCUGUACAUCAACGGUAACACCAAGGUUGGGGCAUAUUGCAAGACGGAAAAAUAAUUAAAAGUUCUUGGAGGAGCAAAAUUUUUUUUUCAGAGGGAUGACCGGGAUAUCAAUUUGUCCAUUAUUUCCGCUAAAGAAAACUUGAACUCUUGUCCUAAUUUUGACGCAAUACAGGAAAAAUAAUAUUUUUCAGUUCCCUAAUCAUUCGCUCUCCGUGUUUCAGAGAAUUAUGUAUUUUUGAGAGCGUAUGUAUAAUGACGAAACUUUUACUUUGUCUGAAACCUUGGAGAUGGAUUCAUGGAUGCAUUACACGUUUUCACAAUUGCCCACUUUGCUAUUGUACCGUUAGAGCCCGUAGGGCAAGUAAAAAUAUUUGUUCCAAUCUAUUUGGCGCACCCUGUAAAGGCAUCUGUUAUAAAUAUCAUGAAUGUAACUGCAAUCACGAAAUUUAGGUGGCGGCUGGCGGCUGAUUGAAGGCGAAACAGAAGGACAAACUCAAACAGAUAUCUCCGUCUUAGAAAGGGCGUACUUUUGUCAUCCCAUCGACCUUCAUCUCUCUACAAAAACCAUUCAGAAUUGGCCUCGGAUUCACUUGGAGAUCUGGAGACAGGACGAAUUUAAUCGGCAAGAGAUCUGCGGAUAUGGAACGGCUAUCAUUCCAAGUGCGCCUGGUGAACACGAGGUCAGUUUGAGGGUGUUUGUGAUGCAAUAAAGGGAUGGAAGUGUGGCCGAGGGGUUUGUAAAAUGUUACAUUAUGAUAUACGUGUGAAGGUAAAUCUCUUUAUUAUGCCGAUUUGCACAGUGAAACUUGUGAGGCACUUCACAAGUUUCACUGUGCAAGAAGCACAAUUUCACAGACUUGGGGAGACCUUAAACUUUUUUCACACAAAUCUUACAGAUAAAAUGUCAUUGUUGGCGUCCGAAGAGUGGAUUCCGCAACGAAAUAACUCGGCGAUUUGUGGGCGGCGGAACUCAACUCAAAUCUCUUCGAAUAUUGGACGAUUCCAACGAGCGAAUGCGAUUACAAACGACGAGCUGCGGGCUUGUCACCUUCAGAUUAUCCGUUAUAACGCGGCAUUUUGACAGAUUCGGCAUUCAGUGUUAA